AUGGUUUUAACUAGUCAAUCUUUAAUAUGGACUGCGUUUUUGGAUUUUCGUUUAGCCGUUUUUGGUCAGGCAUUUGCUCAGUCGCAAAGCUUUGACUGCGCGGGCGACGAGGUGCUUGUGGAGUCUUCGCCGCCCGCUUCCCCCGAAAUGGCGGCCCAAUUGGCCCAGCCGACGCAGGGCACAAGUGGUGGCAGUCCAUCGCCAAGUGCGGUGCGGGAGUUGAUAGUGAUACCAGAAAUACCAAAUGGCAUCAAUCUCCAGCAUGCCAUACAACAGGUCUCAACAUCAGUGGUGGAGGUAAAUGGUGACAGCUCGGGCCAUUCGAGCCCCAAUAACGAGACGCAGCAUACUUAUAUAGUCGCAAUGCAGAACAUCAAGACGGAGCUCGAUGAAGACACAACGACUAUCGACUUCACCUUAAAGCAGGAAGAAUGCGAUGGUGGGAACGGAGUCAACUACCAUGUUCAGUACGUGGAACCUCAGGAGAUUUACACUCAAGGACCGCAGUCUCAUAUGGAAACGUUGCGCGCAUACCCAGUAUUUGGAGUCGCUAAUGUGGAAACGGUCGCCGACACAUCGGCAAAUGAUGGCGAUGGUUGGAGUGCGGAGUUUUCCUUCGCGACUGCCGGGACGGACAGUGCGGGUACUUCGGGCGCGGGCAGCUCGAGCAAUGAGCAGCCAACUUCACCAGCACCGGCAGCACGCAUGCCGCCGGCCACAGUUCAAUGGCUGCUUGACCACUAUGAGACUGCCGAGGGUGUGUCCUUACCACGUUCAACGCUUUACGCCCACUACAUGCGCCACUGCAGCACUCAUCGUCUCGAACCAGUGAACGCGGCCUCGUUUGGCAAACUCAUUCGCUCAGUGUUUGUUGGGCUGCGCACGCGCCGGCUGGGCACAAGAGGCAAUUCCAAAUAUCACUACUACGGGAUACGGGCUAAACCUACCGCCCCACGGGACUCGCCUACAUUCCAGAAUAAAUUGGAUUUGGAUGAACAACAGCAGGAGGUACGCGGUCGCGACCACGAGCCGGCUGUUGUCGGUCUCAGUGGUUCCGCACACCGGCACUACCUGGGCACGGUGUCACCACCCGACCCACCUGACCUCUUCUUGGACGACCUGUCGGAAGACGUUCCACUCAAUGCAGCACAACUCCUCCAGAUGCAUCAUCAGGAACACGGCGUAGAAUUCCUAGAAGCUGUGGCAGCGUUAGACACGUCUGCAGUUGAGCGGGCUCGGCGCAACUUCUGGAAGCGUCCGCCGGGUGACCUAUGUCGUCGUGUGCUGUACAAGCUGACCGCACGCAGAGACGUCGCCAUCUGGCUGCGGAAAGCUGAAAUGCAGCUGUAUCAGCGCGCUGUGGAAUUGCUGUUACCGGACGUUCUCAGACCCAUACCUUCUCAGUUAACGCAGGCUAUCCGUAACUUUGCCAAGACACUGGAGUCGGCCCUCGCGGCUGGUUCUGGGGGUGCGCCAACGCUGGCUGCACGCGCCCAGAGUUCAGCCGCCGCCGCCCUGGCCGGGGCACUGCGCAGGUACACCUCGCUCAACCACCUGGCGCAGGCUGCUCGGGCAGUUCUGACCAAUCAUCAUCAGAUACAGCAGAUGGUGUCAGAUCUGAGUCGCGUAGAUUUCCGCGUCGUGCGCGAACAAGCUGGAUGGGCUUGCGCAUGCGGUUCAACGCCAGCAGCGCACAAACUGGAGGCCGAUUUUAAGGCGACUCUCGGGCGUGGCGCGUCUCUGGAGCAGUGGGCCGGGUGGCUGGAAGCCUGCGUGCGCGACGCCCUAGCGCCUCACACCGGUCGCGCGGAUUACACUGCGCGUGCGCGGCGUUUGCUUCUCGAUUGGUCUUUCUACUCUUCGCUAGUGAUUCGAGAACUCACUUUACGGUCUGCCGCGUCGUUCGGCUCCUUCCACCUCAUCCGGUUGCUGUAUGACGAGUACGUGGCCUUCUUGAUCGAGAGGCGCGUGGCCGCCCAUCGCCAGGAGCCGCCCAUAGCCGUCAUGCAGCGCGCCCUCGACGACGACGACGAGUUGCCAGAGGAGGUUGCGCGCGAGGAGGAGGAAGGUGAUGGGGACGGGGAGUGGGAGUGGGGGGAGGAGGAGGACGAUGACGAAGAUGACGUCGAUUGCAAAAAGGCUCGUCUCUCGGAUUAG